UUUUUUUUUUCUUUUUUUUUUUGUUGUUUGACAUUAUUCUAUUCAUUAUAUCCACAACAUGUCUCAAGCUUCGUCAGAAGUACCUCUUCAACAACAACAAGAAGACAUGGACGAUGAUCCUUACAAUGCUCGUAUUGAAAAAACAGGAUGUGCUCAAGAAAAUGAAGAUUUGCAGUUAUGUUUCUACGAUAAACGAGACUGGCGAUUAUGCAAAGAGGAAAUGCAACGUUUUCGACAAUGUUUUAUAGCCAAUGCGAACAAUGCUGGUAGUCAGGAACUCAAGGCAUCCGCUCGAACUCAACAUUAGACAACACUCACACACAGAAUGACCAUGAUUCCUUUUUUUUUUUUUAAUAUAUAUUCUCGACCGCUUGAAAUAAGGAUAUAAAUACUUGAUACCACGCACUGUAGCCUACUUCUCUUCCAUCCCUUCACUGUUGUAUACUCUAGAUAGAAUUCAUCCAAAUAGUAUAGCCUUUUUUUUUCGUAUAUACAAAAACAAAUUCAAUAAACUUACUCACACUCUAGAUAUAUAGGAAAACAAAUAGGAAUUGUUAUUUAUCUAUCUUAUUGAUUGAUACGAAUAAAUAACAAAAAAAGAUAGAUC